AUGUCCGACCACCCUCCACCAUACGGUGGCCACGCGAACUACGCACAGCAAUGGCCUCCGGCAUAUCCCUCGAUGAUUCCUCCGAACUUUCCAGCCAGCUCAGAGUACACUCAAAUGUAUCAAACACCAUCUACAAACUUGGGACAGCCCCUCAAUUACAACAUGGCAAGCGUGAAUGCAAAUUCGCGCAUCUCGGGCUCGAGUGGACCCAGUAACUCAGCACCAUUUUUUCCACCUCAGUUUCCAGGUUACAAUGAGUUCGAUCCGCUGCGAUUCCCCCCUCAAUUUCCCGCCAUGCCGUUCGCUCCUAUGGGCUAUCCCCCGGCCCCAAUGCCAGCUGGAUUCUUGAACGGCGCUCAGGAGCAUUCAACCGUUGGCGUCGGUGCACACACAACCUCUGUCCCAGCUGAGAAUAAUCGCGAGGAAGGUGAAGUGAGCGAGGAGGCGGAUGAGCCCUCAAUAUUGCCGACGCGUAAAGCUGGCCGACAGCAUUCUGAUUUAGAAGAAGGAGAAACAGUAUCUUCUAGCGCACCCUCCGCUAGCAGUGGCUCACCAUAUAACCCUCCUUUGUCUGUGUCGGCAGAUCCAAACAUCAUCGCCCAGGCCGCCAAACCUCAAAAGCAUGAGCCAUCUAAAACAGCCCCAGACUCUCAACCUCCAAAAUCUGUGGCGCAGCUACGAAUUCAAGCUCAGGGCGCCUUGCUGAGUCUAGCCCCACAUAAAAUCCGCUACAAUGAAUUGAUUGCAGAAGGUAUCAACCCUGUGGUCUUGAGACGGCUAUACGAAGAAGUCGGUAUUAAGGUCACUCCACCAUCUGACCAAGGCCCGUCAGUGCUUGAGGACCCGCCUGCCAGAGCUAGUGUUACUGGCAAGCCAUUGGAUGUCAACAAACCAGUGGUAGCCGAAAUAGCGAAUGAUGAGAAAGAGGUCAUCCGGAAGUCAGAGCUGCCAGUGUCCCAGCCUUCUGCCCCAUCUUCUGCCGCUUCUCCAAAGCCUGACAAACCUCUGGAGCGGAAGGAGCUCAUUGCCCGCAUGUUGGCCGCAAAAGCUGCGAAGACAUCGAAAGAUGCCUCACCAACUGCCAGUGCGAAAUCUUCUCGUACGGCACCAACCAAUGAACCUCGCCCAACUCAAAAGGUCCCCGCUAUCAAAGAGAAGAGCAAGGCCCAGACAGAGUUGGCACGGCAGCGGAUUGAGGAACUAAAAAGGCAAAGUCUCCUCAAGGCGCAGCAGUCGGCCCAGGGAACCCUUGCACCGCUUCAGUUAGAAUCCCCAGCGCCAGCUAUCCAACACCCCCUUCCACUUCGUCCUCCUGUGCCGGGAUCUCAACCCGUUGCUACGCUUCCAGGACUUGUCAUGACUGGGUCAGAACAGGACGGAAAGGAUUCUUCGGCCUCUGAGCCAGGGCCAGCGAUCGCCCUUGGCCCAGCAUCCACUUCUCAGGCAAACCAGCGCAAGCGCCCUCGUGCGUCUGAUUUCGAUGAGCCAGCUGCACCUCCAAGGCAUAAUUUCAACCCGACCGCAAACCGAUUCAAUCCCGCCGAUAAACUCAUCAUUGCGAUCAGUGACGAUGAAUCACUCUACGGCGAUGACGAGGGUGACAAUAUGGACUUGGAUUCGAGUUCAGAACAAGAUGCAGCCCCAAUAGUGACCUCUACCAUUGCCAAGCCUCCUGCUCAAAUACAAUCCACCCAAUCCCCUGUCCCUAGGCUUUCCACGUCUACUCCAAACGCCCCUUCAAGUCUCAGUGACCAAGCAGACAUUCGGAUCAAAGAUAUGGAGAUUCAAGCUAUGCGCCGCAAAAUUGCAGAGCUGGAGCUUCGGCGGAAAUCAAAGCUCGCUGCUAGCCGAACCCAGUCACCUCGCACUGUGGAUGACUCCGGAUCCUCAUCAUCCGGCGGGCCGUCUAGUGCGGCUGCUACUACUUCAGAAGAAGACUCUAUGAAUACCAAACACAUCACGGCCCCUACCCCAGUUGCGCCUGCCCUACAGCCACAAACGCCAUCCGAGACCCUUAUCAGCCCGGUCCCCUGUGAAGAGGCUACUGACCAGGCGGCAAACGGCGCAAUCGAUGAUACCGCGCAGGCAUCUGCUUCCAUUGUUUCCGACUCCGCCGGGUCAGCAAUGGACGAAUCUGACGACAGUAGCAGUGAUAGUUCUCAUUCAUCAAACGAGGGUGAGAACGAACCUGCUGGCUCGCCAGCGCACGUCGGCAUCGACCCGGCCAUCUUACCAGCCUCUUCGGCGGCUAUGGCAAUUGACACUCCCGAACAAUCUCCAUCUCAGGGAUUGUCCUCUGCCUUUGGCGAUCGUGAUCCAGCUUCUGUGGAAGAAUUCGUCACUGCGCACUCUCCGAGCAUACAGUCUCAACGUGAGAUGUCUGCGGAGUCGGACGGUUAUGAGCCGCCCGAGCCAGAGUCUGAUGCUGCAGCCCGAUCGGAAGACUCGAGUUAUAGCCCUCCUCCGUUCAGCCCGGCUCUUCCUGGUCUUGUAGAAAGCGCAGCAGUCUCGACACAAUCGUGCCAGGAGACUCAAGCUGAUCAAGAACUAACCAACGCGCCACAGGUGUUAGAACCACUGCCCCAAUCAGCUUUGCAGGUUGGCGCUCCCGGCACUAAAGCGACAUCUGCCAUCUCAGUGCCCAGAUUCACACCUUACAUCAGCCCACUGCGUGCCUUCAAGGCUUAUCGCUACCACUCCGAUUAUGAGGAUGAAGUGCCGGGCGGAUACCGCUCGUUAACUUACAGUCACAAUAUUGAUCCAAUGGAGUACCUGUGUCCGUAUGAUUUGAAUGGAGGUGUCUGCAACGACAAGACAUGCGAAUUUCAACAUUUUCGGGACAUAACUUUAAGCGAGCCGUUAACCUCGACAGACGACAAAAUCCUCGUCCAGAUGGGGUCCGUCCGAGAGGGACGAACCGAAGAAGAAAAAGAAACAUAUCUCACUGGUCUGAAAGAGAUCAUCAACAACCUUCGGCGUGACAAGGUGAAAGACUUCAACGCAGUGGCCUCCGAGAUAGCCGCAUACCGUAGGCGCUUCCUUCACGACCCGACACGUGUCUUGUCCCUGUAA